GCAGGCGAAGCACGCGCUGUGAUUUGAUUUCUUGCGUUCAGAAUUGCUAAAAUAUUGAAUACUAGACAAAAUCGGUAGGGUAAAGAGAACAGAAAUGGGGUGUUCAGUUAAUAUUGUUGUCCUGAACCUGGCCUUUAUGGUUAUCGCUUCUUGUGUUGUCGCUAUGCCCGCCAAUAACGGGGCACCUCGGGGAAGUCUCCUGAACGUGGUGGUGGAUGGAGUGGAAUAUUCCCCACAAGAAUUUCGUCGACAUAACAUGCAGAGGAACAUGCUCCUCUCUGCAAACAUGUGGCCAAUUGGAGAAAAUGGAACGGUUGUAGUUCCCUACCGAUAUGGAGUCGGGGUGAACAGGGAUAUAAUGGAGCUCGCCCUGAGGAAAUGGGAGAAGGACACCUGCAUCAGGUUCCGCGAGAUGGCGCCGAAUGAAGUUUUGGAAAACAACUUCCUUGACAUGAAGUUCAAAAAGCAAUGCACCUCCACCGUGGGCGCCGUAUCUGACGGUCCAACAGUUAUACACGUCGAAGAUGCUUGUGGUGCUAAAGGCUUCCUCCACGAGCUUGCUCACGCUCUGGGAUUCACGCACGAACAAAAUCGAAACGACAGAGACAAGUACGUGCGCAUCUACCAAGAGAACGUCGAUCCUAAGGAGGACAAAAACUAUUAUGUCAUAGAGCGCACCGAAAUUUUUGAUGUGCCAUUCGACUACAACUCGAUCAUGAUUGGAUCUGAAGCGGUGAGUGCAUGCUAA